GGCGCGAAGGUUUUAUUUAAAACACAACGCUCAUUUUCGGUGCCGACCACCAAAGAACCGAAUAAUUCGAGCGCUAUCGAAGAACGUCAGGAGCGCGGCUCGCGUUCAUCUGUCUCAAAUGAGUCGAAUGUGCUGCUAGAUCCUGAAGUGCUCUCCGAUUUGUCCACCCAGGCAUUGGUGUUGACCGUUUUGGCCACAUUGGUGAAAUAUUCAACGGAUGAGAACGAGACGCGCGUGCUCUAUCAGUACCUAGCCGAGGGUUCGGUGGUUUUCCCCAAGGUUUUUCCAGUUAUCCAUUCUCUGCUGGAUCAGAAGAUCAAUAAUAUACUCUCUGUUUCACAUGAUCAAGUCGUUUUGAAUUCAGUACAAAGUAUCAUACAAAAUAUGCUGGCCAGCGAGGACCCCUCACAGCAGCAGUUACAUUUUCUGCAAAGUUGCGGUUUUGGUGGACUCUGGCGUUUCGCCGGACCCUUUACAAAGUACAACAUGAUGGGCGAAUCAUCUGAGUUAUUCGUUAACUGCUUGGAGGCUAUGGUAGAGACAUGUCUGCCGGGUGAUGAUGCAGUGCCGGUGCCACCAUCUCCACGUCCAUACAAUUUAAGUUCGAGCCUGAGCAGUCUGACUUUGGGCUCACCAACAGAUAAAGCAGCAUGAAUAACAACUAGCCAACGUCAACGCGGCAGACGUACAACACUUUUUGAACGGGUAUUUCGUUUUCUAAAUUUUUUCAAAAAAUGUUUUUAAGCCAAGAAGAGAUAAAUGGCGAGAAAUUGGAAAAGGACUUUUUAAAACUUUCGAAGCAAGCAAGGUGAAAAGAAAAGCAGUAAGUCGAACGGAAAAGGCUAAAUGCUAAGUGAAAUGAAUGUGAAGACGAAUACUGAAAGUAGAGGUAUGUUAUUAUAAAUGUAAUGAGGGGCGAUGUGAAGCGCUACGCAGGCGCGCCAUGAAUGUGCCAAGCAGUCGAAACAGACACACAUGUAUGUAUGUAUGUAUGUAUGUAUGUAUGUAUGUACAUAUGUAGUUGUACACAAAUGUGUGCAUGAUUGAUAACAAAUUAAAUGUAAGUGCGAAGGAUAUGCCUGUAUAUAAGUAUGUAUCUAUGUAUGUAGUAGGCGUAAGGAUAAAAGGACACCAGCAAACAAAGAAACUGAACAACCAACAACCAGCAUCGAAUUUAGCUGUAAUAUCACAACAAAAGUAAAAGCAAAAGUAAAACCAAAAUACAAGUAAAACAAAGCAAGUUAAAAAAUAAAAACAAAUACGAAGCCACAACUAAAUUAAUUUUGAAACCAAGUAUGUAUUAUAUUUACUUGUAUCUAUGUACGUGUUGGGUAAACACAAAAAAAAACAAGCAAAAGCAACAAAAAUAUGUGUAUAUUAGCGCAAGAUGUGCGUUCGUAUAUUGCGUGUAUGUUUGUAAAAUUGUUAUGUGUGUAUGUAUGUGCGUUUUUUUGCUUAGUGUACGUUUAAUUUUUGCAUUAUUGUUCAUGCAUUUUUUUUAAAUCUUUUUUGUUUUGUUAUUUAACACUUAAGCUUGCAAAGUUACUAUCAAAUGUGAAAAAUGUUACAAAUGUAAGUUACUAACACACACUAACAAAAUCUUAAGCACCUUUAGUUAUUAAAAAAAAAAAAUCAAGCGAAUACAUUUUUCCAAUUGGAAGUCGGUUUUGUGAGUUUUGGGAUUCUGAGAUUCUUUUCAAAUUCAAAAAUUUGUUAAGUUUGUCUUUAUAACCAAGAUUAGUUGCAUAUAUAUGUAUCUAGGGGUGCAAUAUCGGUCAUAAAAUCAUCGAUAAUGGAGAUAUAAGCAACAAAAAAAUCUCGGCUGAUCGAUAUAUCGCACAUAAAAUAUCGAUACCUUAUGAGGUUAACAAACAAAAGCGAUAUUCCUU